AUGGCCUUGAAAAUUUCUCACACUCUCUGUGUCGUUCUUUGGCUCUCCCUUCUCUUGUUAGUAUUUCAUGAAUUGCGUAAUUGCAAGUCCAAGAUCAACAACAUUACCAAAGAUCAAAUCAACAACAUAAGCAACUCAUCAAUAGUCUUUCAUCGCCCUUUCCUCAAUAGAAAAGUUCUUGCUAGCAAAUUCGACUUCACCCCAUUUCAGAAACACCAUGAAAAACCUUUGCCUGAUGAAGAGGAGCAUAAGAAACCAGCUCAAAGUGAGAUUGAUCCACGUUAUGGUGUUGAAAAGCGCCUGGUCCCUACGGGUCCCAACCCAUUGCACCAUUGA